GGAGAUUUUUGUUUACGUUUGUCAUUUAUUUUGUCAGUCAGUUUAUCAAAAGAUGUACACUUUAGAAAGUACAUAAACACUAAUUGUCUAAUUAUUUUUCAAAAUAAAUGAACACUGGUGAGACAAUAGUUAUCAAUGAAAUAUGCAUAUUUAAACAAAUGAAAACCAGUAGUCCCUAAUACUUAAUUAAAUGUAGCUCUAACUUUAAUUUUAAUUCUAGAAUUAGUACUUUAGUCUUAGACCAGGACUAGUUAGGGCCCUAGGUACCAGAGAGUAGGGGCUAGGGAGCUUAGGCUGUAAUUUAAUAUUAGUAGACACUUAAUAUGUAUAUUAGUUAGUGAUUAGUCUUAGGCCUACCCUAUUAUUUUAUUUUUGAGUUAUUUUAGUCUUUAGCCCACAAAAAAUCGAAAUUGCAGUUCAAUCAGUGUGGUGGCACAGAGCCUCUGAAAACAAUUCUGCUUAAUAUUUCCUAAUUGUCUUGGUCAUUGCAUAGACGAUUUAGGACUGUAUGUGAAUGUGUGCUUGGUGGUGCCUAAGCCUAAUGCCCCGCUUUACUCUAAGCCUUAUACUUAUACAGUACAUAUACCAAGUGGGGCAGAACAUUUUAGUUUUAGGUGAUAUGAGCGUAACUGGGUUUUUGACGCCCUUGGCUAAUUUAAUUUUGGCGCCCUUUUGUUCAAAUAAAAAUUUUAAAAAUUAGAGAUUUAGUGGCGCCCUUUUGAACUGGCACAGGCCGGCGCCCUUGGCAACAGCCCCAAUGCCAAGCCGUUGUUACGCCACUGGUGAUGGUGAUGUAAAGUCUUUUUUGCAAUGAUUAAAAUGCAUAAUAACUGGCCUAUUAAUCACUAAUCGGUUGUAAUUGUAAUAGCAAAACCCAUCAAUCUGUUAUAGGCCAAUUUGCUUACUGGCGCAGCCAUAAUUUUUAAACCUUUUUGCUUUUUGUUGUUGUCUGUUUAAAAACUCCUCAUUUAAAGCUCAUUUCAUAAGUUCAAGACAACUUUAAGUAAAAAAGACAAAGUAAAUACUUUUAAUUUAGAUCUUUUAGACUGGGUGUGGCCAAAUCAUAAUGCCUCUUAGGACACUUUGAUAGCGAGUAAACCUUUUGCGGGCCACAUGUACAUAACGUAAUAUUAAAAUAAACACCCACCAAAUGCAAUUAAGCAUUUUUAAUCUAAUCUUAAUGCCCAUAAUAAAAUGAAAAAUAACAAAACUAAAUAAAAAUAAACUAAUGUGAUCUUUUUUUGUCUAUUCUCUCCCUCAAAUUUUUAAAAUCGGUUUCUUUGUCAACUGAAUGAUGAAUGAAUAAGUUGUUUUUUUUUUAAAAUAAAUCACGCAUUUAUUGUGGAGCAAUAUUUGACAGGGCUGGUGGACCCUGUUUAAGAGCUAUCGUCUAUAGGCCUACAAAGUAUAAUUUUAUUUUAGAUUACUAUUAACAUCAUUUAUAUGUAAUUUCUAACCAUUCCAUUUUCCAGUGUAACAUCAGAUUUAAUUCAAAUGGAAAAUAAAAAAGUAAAUAAGCCAUUCUAUGCCUUGCCUGAAAAGACCCAAACCAGUUCUCAGAUUGUAAGUGCAGCUCGCUCAUCACUUCGAACCUUUGACACAAGACGCCCAAAUACUCCACGUGAUGAACAGAGACAUUUAUUUCCUUCAUCUACUAGCAGAACACCUGAAACCAGACCACCAAGUGCCUUCAGGUGAUCAUUUAAAACUAACACCUUUAUUAGAGAUAGAAAUUAAUAAGUCUAGUACUGUAAGUGCAUACUUCAAAAUGUCUAGAUUAUUUUAACAUCAGUGAAGAAGAAGAAGAUGGUUAAUAUUUUUCAGGCACUUAACUCUUUCUCUCCGGAACAACGCUCCCAUCAUCGAUUUGAAAUGAAGAUUUUGGCGUAUCGUCGAUGUAUAAAACCCUGUUUAUUUCGGUUCUUUUCUUAGCUAUUGGUUUUUAAUUAUUUUAAAUCAAUUCUAGAAUGAUUUCCUUUUUUAUAAAAAUCCAUUUUUUCUGUGUUUGAACGAGGUUUUGCAGAGAACGAAGUGUUUGAAGCCGUUGUUUUGAUUGUCCAUUUUAUUUUUGUUUACAAACAUGAAAUCUUGACCUAACCCAUCUUGUGAUCGAUCUAAUAAAGGUCGAAAAUAUUUCUCUGAUGAUGAUGCAGACAGUGAUUAUAUGAUUUCAAAUGCCGACGCUGAUUCUGUUGAAUCAUAUGAUUAUAAUCCUAGUUUUAUUAUUAGUAGGACUAGUGACGAAAUAAUGAUAUUGGUAAUUCAUCAGUAGAUGAACAACCAGCCCCGCCCCAGCUAAAGUGCACAUCAAUAUGGAUUUUUCUUUAGGCUCACCAUGGCUAAACCCAGAUGAAAAGAUAUGACAAAUUUAUGUAUCAAAAUUUAAACCCAAGUCUGGUUUGCUUGUAAAGGGCAUACAUUUCUCUUUAAUUCCAUACCAAACUUAGCAUUUUGUGAUAAAAACCAAAACAUUAUGAUGGUUUAGAGAUAGCAUAGCAGUGCUAACAAAUAUGCAAAAUUUGAUAAUUCAUCAGAACGCUGAAAAUAAUUCCGGAGUGAAAGAGUUAAAAAAUGUUUAGCAUGGGUAACAUGCAUCUGUAAGUUACUUUUACAAUAAUAAUAUAUUGCAAAAUUAUGUUUAAACAAAUAAAUUUUUUUUUUUCUAAAUUAUAUAUAAAUGAAAUACUAAGUAUGUGUAUAAGUAAGAAAGAAUACUAUAACUUCCUGUGUCCUUUUUUAGUUUGACAUCUCGUCACUUUGAAGGAGCAGAUUCAAGACCAGUAUCUGGUACACGAUUAUCACCAUUAGAUCAUGUAAGAUUUAUUCAGUUUAAAUUGAAUUAAAUAAAUAAAUCCAGCAAAAAAAAAAAAAGGGAUGAUCACCAUUAUUAUCCUUCACAAAGGGUGCUAAAUGUUUUAGUAGUCAACUUGCCCUAAGAGUAGAUUUAAGAAAAGAGAACUGAGAUCUCAAAGCCAGACAAUUAAAACCCUUUUGUUUUGUUUUGUCCAUAUGAAGCCAACUAAAAGACAAGAAAGCAAUGUUGUUGUAAGUUUUUCAGUGUUUCCAUAGAAGUUGUUACCGUAAUUAACUUAAUUUAGCAAUAUCAAAAGUCAUUUCAAUCUGGCACUUCCAAAACUCUAGUAGAUGGUGGUUGAUAAAAUAGUUAAAAUUCGGAAUAUAUAUAAAUCAUUAUAUUUAACAUCUGGUCAAACAUUCACCUCGAUCAAUUGUAUGGAUGUAUCAUACAGAUUUAAAGCUGUUUUGGAGGACUGCAUGUGUUUCAGUUUUAUGAUACCAUCUUAAUGUUUGGUGUGAUUUCUUUGCCAGCAUCCUAAGGCUGUAAGUCCUGGAGAUCUUGAAAACAUUCUUGUGCCCCGACCUCCGCCUGUUGAGCCUACCAAGUCUGCACCCAGACGUGGCUCUGGAAACCGAACUCGUCUCCCUUCAACUCUGAGCCUAGAAGGUGUAGAAAACUCAGUUUCUCGUUCUGGCCAAGGAGAUGGUGAGUUAACUUACUUUUGAUGGAUAUGAAUUAAAAAUGGUGUUAUAAUGACAGUUUUUUUUUUUCUGGUCUUCAAAUUCAUGAUUUAAAUAAUAUCACUUUUUCACUUGUAAUCACAAAUGAUUAUACCAUAAGAAUGGGCAUGCUUAUUAUCUCCCUACGUCCUUUUAAACUUUCAAUAACAAUUUUAAGACGAGGAAAAAAUUGAUCCCAUUAAUUGAUCCAAAUAGGUUGUCUUUUGGAUGUAUCAUUUUAUAGGCAAUAGGUUUAUUAUUAGUUUGAGCUCUGUUUACCGCACUCUUCUUCUGACACCUUUAAUGCCAGUGAAGAUAUUGUAAAAUUGCAAACUUGAGGUGCCUAAAUACUAUACGAUUCUUUGUCAUAUUCAAGCGUUUGCACUUUUCAGGAUACAAUUAUUUGCUUUCUUACAUUUGUCUUUUAAAGUCCAUAUCUCUAAAACAUAUGUUCAUCCUUCAUUUGUAUCAAAUAGACUACAUCUACUCAGAAUCAUCUAGAGAUAAAGUACCAACGGAAUUCAAUAGCCCUGGAGCCGGGGACUCUCAAAUUAGUGUUACAUAUCCCACUUCCAGUGAGAGUAGAGAAGGCAGUGCAGGCAGUCGGAAAUCUAGCGCUGGAAAAUUAAAUCGAACUGGUAAAUCUGCUUUUAAAAGCUUGCCUUUGAAAGUUUGUUUUCAAUUGUAAGAAAAUUAAAUAGCUAGUAAGCAAAUAAAUAAUUGAGUAUUUAAUCAUAAAUUGGCUUGAAACACACGUUAUUUUUUAUAAUCCAUCGUAGGCAGUGCUGGAAAACAUGAUCCACAAGAAUCAGAAGAUUUUUACACAUCAGAACUUGAGCCUCUGGUAGCAGAACUAGCAUCAUUGACAAAAAGUAGGUUCCUAGUAAAUUGGAGAUAUAUGCAUAAACCUAAAUGGUUAAUUAAUAGCAGCAUGACUAUGGUAAGUUAAUACCGUUUGGCAGAAUGUAAGUAGUUAUAUCAAAGACAUCAACUGUAGUAAUGAUAUGAACUACAUUUAAAGAGCAAUUUAAGUGUUUACCUCAGUGUAAAUGUAUAAAAUUAGCUCCAGACAAUGUGAACAAAAAAAAAUUAAAGUGUGAAUAGAUUAGUGUUUUUCAUAUGUAAUCAUUCAUAUGAUUAAAAAAAACAUCUAAAUAUACAACUGAUUGUUUACAAAAAAUCUUACAUGCAAAGGCUAAGUUCAUGUUCCCAUUGAACUAUCUGGAAAGGGAUAUGUUGAGUGGUUCAAUUAGAUUCAGCUGUUGUUUUUGAUUUGUUUUGUUGUUUUUUGUUAAAGGAUAAGAAAGUGCAAAAUUAAUUUCAAAAGUAUUACUGAACAUUCUAAACAUCAUUUCAUCAAAGUUGUAAUGAAUAAAUAAAUUUGAUGUGAUAAAUAUUUUAAUUUCUUGUUUGUUAUCAUCCAGUUUAAAGUUUUUAUAAUUUAGGAUUGUUUAAUUUUUAAAAAAUCAUCAAUUGCCCCUAAUUAUUUGUCCACUCUGAUUUCUAGAAAAAGACUGUGAUCGCAUCCAUGAACUGGCUGGACAUCUGUACAGUACUCUGGAGUGUCAUAACUGUUUGUCUAAACAGUUUCCUCAUAGGUCAAGUCUUUUGAAGGCAAUUUUUAAACUUUUGGAUGUAGAUGAGCCUAGGGUCUUAUUGAGACUUGCUAGACUUAUUCUUGCAGUAAGUUUUAUGCCUCAUAUCUAUACACUAUUGCACUGGUUCACCAUGUACCUAUUUUUUCAACUAAAUUAUCUAUGCAUUGUGGAACAAUUAACCUUUAAUUAACUAUACAUCUGAUCAGUCUGAUACUUAAACUGUGAAUUUUAAAGGUUUUUGUUUUGCUGCUAAGAUGGAUUGUUUUAAUAGAUACAUAUACUUUUAUUUAAAUAUUGUGUAAGCUUGUUGCUUUUACUUUCUAUGACAGUUUAAAGUGAGUGGAAACAAUCUUUUGAACGUAUGCAAGCUUGUGUUCAAGGUCAGCCGCAAUGACAAGAAUGAUUCUUAUUUUUUAGAAGAAAAUAUACUAAGUAAGUUUAGUAAGUUUGUUAGUAUGUUUGUGUCUAACUAAUUUGUUUUAAAGCUUUAUUGCAGUCCAAAACUCUUAUUGUUAGUAUGAAGAGAACCUAAGUAUUUGUCAAUUUUGUUUGUUAAAUUGAAUUAAAAUUUUCAAAAUAUCAUAUAACUCGGAUGAGGCUUGAUUUAUUAUACAUGUUUUUCAAAAAACUUAAAAACCAAGACUGUUCAAAGGUUAACUGUUGAUCUUGCCUUUAUCAGACUUACUUCUAGAAACUAUCAGGAAUGCCGACCCCAAUCAGUCAUGUGAGGCCCUAAUAUAUUGUGUUGGUGCAGUCAAGUUUCUAACUGGGAAUCCUGACAUCUUAAAAAGACUUGCCAAGUUGGACUGUGUCAAAACUUUGGCCUCACUCAUGCAUUCCAUAAACAAAAUUGUGAGCAAUGUUUAUUCUAUUUUAAGAUUUCUGUAACUGGAAUUUUCUGAAAAUAAAAUACAAUGGACUAUUGGGUGAAAUAUUUACAAAUGCGUAUAACAUAAAUUCAUGGAAUAAUUUAAUUAACUUGUACAUUUUAACUUCUAGGUCUAACUUUAAGUCUUAUAUUUAAUUUAUUUGACAUCUAAUUUCAAUGAAACAGUUCAAAUUAUUUUCCAGGCUGAUACUAAUUGAAAAGUUACAUACUUAGUUCUUAGCACAUUAUAGACAUCUUAACAUUCUUGUUUUUGUUUUUUUUUGUCCCACAGAACAAAGAGAAUGGAAAACCAGGUGACCAGUUUGGACAUAUCCUUGUUCAAGUGAGUACUUAAUAAAUUCCCUUUCAAUCUGUUCCAUAAAUUACCAAUUUACAUAUUUUAUAAAUUUGAAAUUUAUCAUCUAACUAUGAGAUUAUUUGUAAUAAAUAGUUUUCAAGUAAAAAAUAUUCAGUUUUAUAAUAAUCAAGUGAAUUAUAAAAAAAUGAGGAAUGAAUAAUUGUCAAAAAGAUUGUAUACUUUAUUACUUAAAACAUUUUGUUGUAAAGUCUUGUGACAUCAGGUAUUCCAAGGUACAAAUUAAAGUCCAUAUUAUGUUUCUGUCAUUUUAACUUCAUAAUUUGCUCAUAAACUUUUUAGAUGCACCGCUGUUGACAUUUUUUUUUAAUAGCAAAAUAAAAACUAAAUAGUUCUUAAAAUGCUUAUUUAAACACAAAGCUGCAAGUUUUUAGUGAGAAUCGGUAAUAAGUUGUGCUUCAGAUUUAUUUAUCUUUUAAUUAAAAAACGUGUAUUUUUUCUCCUCCCAAUUAGCUUACAGCUGCUCUAAGAAAUCUUGCAGACACCACCUCUGGGAGAGAUAGGUUUCUUACUCACAAUGUUAUAGAAGGUCUUGUACAUCUUAUGGAUUCUUACUCGGGGGAUAGUGAUUUGAUGAUGUAUAUUUCUAGAAUAUUUAGGUAGGUCUUAGAAUUUUUCCACUGCAAAUAGAGUCUUACUCUGAUAAUGUUACAGCAGUCAGACUAAAAAUAUUUUGUUAGUACAUUUUUUUUUUCAUGAUAUCCGGAGCUAAUUUCUUAAAAUUGUCAUUCCCAGUGUUUCAUAAAUAAUUUUUUUUUAAAGUCCACAGUAACGAAUCACCUAUAAAAUCAUCUAAUAAUUUCUUAAUUCACUUUAAGCAGUAUUUAAUCUCAUCCUCCAGUGCUAGGAAUAAUAAGAUUAUACGUAAUAGCUAGCAGUAUAUUCCAAUUAUAUAAAAUAUAAUGACCAGUAGAUAAGAUAGAGUUGUUGUUCAUUAUAAAUAUAAAGUGUUUUAAAUGUGCUCCUCUAAUUUUAAAUAACUCAUUUCUUCUGACAGUAAAAUAACCCUUCACACAGACUGCUGCUCAGUAUUAGCGAAUCAACCAACAUGCUACAAAGCUUUUGUGCAUCUCCUCAAGAGGCAUGUACUGAAAGAAGUAUGAAACCAUUUUUUUGUCCCAUAAAAAUAUCUCAUUGAAAUAUAAAUUCUUUCCUCUCUGUCAAAUUUGAAUUAAGAUAAGAUAAUAUUCUUUAUUGAUCCAAAUAAAUGGAAGUGUUUUUUUUAUUACAUCUACAUAUUCAUUUUCAGCACAUAAAUAAAUACAUUUUUAAACCAAGACAAAAUUUGACAUUAUAACAAUUUAAACACAAGACAUCUAAAGUAAGUUAUUUUUUUUGGUGUGAUGUUUACAAUGUGGAAUAUUUCAGGACUUGGUAGUUCGGCUGUGCUUUGUCCUGGGUAAUCUCACAAUAAAGAAUGAAGCAGCACGACUGAAACUGUUCCAAGAAAGCCACUCAAUUGAAACAUUACUUCUCAUUUUGAAAACAUACUUGGAGCUCGACCAACAGGUAUGUGAGAGAUUUUUUCUUGAAAGCCACCUCAUUAUUUGUGCUUUUCAAUUUUAAUCUAAUAUUUUUAUUACCAUAUAUACUUGCAUAUAGGACACACCAGUGGAUAAGUCAGACCCAUGAAUUAAGAUGGUCAAAGUGGUUAUUUGGGGUUAACUUGCCAAUAGGUAGCACUAGAAUAUAAGGAGUUAGAUAACCCUUUUUUAAUGUAAAUAUAAACAUCACAAUGUGUUUCCAUAAAAACUUGAAAACUGAAAAAUAAUUUUCAUAAACUACAUGAUCUCUCUUGAACAUGAAAAAUGAUUUUCCUCUGCUUGAGCGUUGGCAGAGGACAAUCCAACUUUUUGGAUAAAUGACUUCUCCACACUGAACACCUGUAAGCAAAAUUGUGAUUGGUUGUAAUGGCAUGGUAUUUCCUUAUCGAGUGUGGGGCUGAUCUAUUAAGACAAAAACUUUGAUGAUCGCCUCAGUCCUAAAAUUACUUGUAAAUGACAGUCUUUUAAUGGUGAAUCAGAUUACAAAUGGUAAAUAUGAGCAUUGCAGAUUUAAUUUGAUGUGUGGUACGAUACGGUUGGAAGAGGCGUUUGCAUAAAAUUGAAAUAUUGGGGGAAAAUUUGUUUUCUCCCUAGCUCUCGCAUAUGCUCUAGCCAUGGCCACGCGCCGCCAUCUAAUUCAGAUCACUGAUGUCGUGUGGAUAGGUUGCACCCCUUAUUUUCAAUCAAAAUGUUGGAUAAAAAUGUGUGACCUAUACCCGAGUAAUAGGGUAGAACUUCCUGGAUUAUAAUUAUUUAAAAUACAUCAUUAAAAUUGUAAAAAUUAUUUUAAAAUAAAGUGUAUUGAAGUAACUUAACGGUGUAAUUUUUUUACCCUUUAUUUAUGAUAGCAUCUUCUGAAUCAUAAUAACUAUCAUAUUCCUUAAACUUCCAUUAAUCGUUACAUUCAGUUUAUUUUUAGGCAAAGCACAAUCCUUUUAAUCUUCAUGUUUAACCACACACUUGCUAAUUUAAUUUCUCCCAAAUUUCUGUACUUCCUGCUACAUAUCUAACCAACAAAAAACAGCAGCGAAUGUUGGAUUUAGAAGCUGUAUAAUAUUUAUUGAAUAAGUGUGGCCACAUAAAGGCACAAGUUGAUUUAACUUUGUGUUUAGGGUAAAACCUGCGCAAGUGCCAACAGUGAAGACUCAAAGCUGAAUGGAAAAGUUGAAAGUGAGACAGAAGCUGACGUGAACAAGGUGGAAGAUGUUUUGAUCAAAGUAAGUUUAGCCAUAAAAUUAGCGACAGUGGUUUAAUUACAGUUAUGAAUUUUUCAUAUAAUUUGCCCCUGUAAAAUAAAAAUGUGAGGAGGCUGCCUUGUAAAUUCAAAAUGACACAUUUUUAAUUUCUAAAAAAAAUUUAUAAAUGAUCUUGUUACUAAAGCGAUGAUAAAUAUUGGGAAGUGGCUAAAAAAAAUAGGUGCGAAUCAGGGAGAGACCAUGACUGUGAAAUGGCAGUUGGUCAUGCAUAAAUUAACUGUGGUGUUUUCUUUAUCCUUGGCAUGGCACGUCUUCCUCUAAUUCAGGUGAUGAGAGUGCUGGCCAAUCUGACCAUCAAUGAAGAGGUGGGAUCUGCUAUCAGCCAAAACUCUGUUUUCUUGCAGCUGUUGCUCAAUGUUGUUGGUGAGUUCCAUUCUUUGUUUCAUUCUUGUAAGGCCACGCUGGCUAUGGUCCUGGGGGGAUGGAUUUUUGCUAAAUAUUGAACUAUAUUUUGUGUCAUGUCUUUGAAAUGCAAUUUUUUUAGUCCUUAAAUACUAUUUUUCAUUUUCCUUCUUUAUUUUAAUUAUAGUGCAUGUUUGUUGCCAGGGUAAAAAUGUUGUUGUUUUCCCCAACAGAUCAGAAGGACAUCAUCGAGCAAGAGGAAUUGGUUGUGAAUGCUGUGGUUGCUAUAAAUAACUUGUCCUAUUACACAACGCAAGAUGAGUCUCAAAUGGCAGGUCAUCUGAACAUGGCAAGAAGUACGUGUAAAAGCUAAAAUUUUUGUAAAGCUUAUUAGUUGAUAGUUUAGGGAUGUACCAAUAAGCCGAUUGGCAGAAUGAUGACUUACAUAUUCAGUUGUGAUAACUGCCCUAAUUUGUUCUAAAUUUUUAUUUUGGGUUCUAAUAUGAUUUUCCAAACUAAACAUUCUUAGCAUUAAUAUCACAAUGAAUUACAUUUCAAAUAUGGUCAUGUUGUUAAGUGCUCUCUCAUGGUCGUCUGUAGCUUUAUUUUCAUUAAGAGAUCAUGGACCAUCUCAUGUGAGCUCCAGAUAACCUCAUCAAGAGUUCACAUUCUUUUACCAUUGAAAUGGCUCAUGGACCCAAAUCACUAAAAUAGUAAAUUAAAUUUGAAGAGGUCCUCAUCAGUCCAUCAACAUGUGUUUUUAAAAAGUUAAAAAUCAAAUGGUUAAAGAACUGCUCCUACAGACUUGCUGUUACUAACCGAUCAAUAGUUAUUGCUAUAGUCAUACAUAUUGACUUCACCUGACAAAACUUUUUAAAAGAAAUAUUUUCACUUGUACUUCAACAGUAAAAAUCACAAAAUAUCAUUUUGACCAAAUGUUGUUACAUCAAAUUAUAGUUAGAACUUGCAUACUUCCUCUGUACAUCAUCACACAAUGUUUCAACAUCUAACAGCUCAUUUGUGGCACAUUGGUGGGUUAAUACUUUUCAAAAACAAAACUUAUCAGCACAUGCUUUAAGGAUACAAUUUUGAAAGCACAUUAAACAUGCUGGUACUUGAACAAUGCAGCUGCCUCAAACAAAGCAGAGAAAUAAAUGUGCUUUUCUUUUGUUACAGGCCUGCUUAAGUUAAUCAUGAACAAUAACAUGGAAGGCAUCCUAGAGGCAGCUAGAGUUUUUGGUAACCUUACAAGACACAAACAGAUACGAGACUUUUUAUCACAGAAUAAAGGUAUAAAGAUCUAUUCAUUUCCACAAUGCCAUUAGGUCCUGGCAAUUAUUAAUUUCUGUUUCCUAUAGCUUUGUUUGCUCAUAUUAUUCAAUAAAUGCAUAGUUAACUGUUAUUGUUUAAGAAAAUACAAAAAUUCAUUAGAAAGUUGUUUGUUAAUUGAAUCGUUUGUCAAUCAUUUAAUGCUGGAAUAGGCAAACUAUGGCUAGUGAGGCAAUAGUGACUCGCGCCACCAUUUUGAAUAGCUCGCGCUCCCUUUAGAAGAAUAAAAUAAUUUAAAUAAUUUAAAAUGGAAAAGAAAAAAUAGAAAGUGUAAUUUAAAUUUUCGAAUCCAGAUGUCACUACUAUGAUUAUUAACUGAAUUCCACAUGAUGUGUGAUAUUAAUUUUUUAUUUUAAAAUAAUUAAUUCCUUAUGAUCCACCCACCAAAUCCCGCUUUCACUAUUUAUAGCUACUGUGCCUCUGUUAUCUCUUGAAUCUUGUUCCCAGCCCCAGAAGUUUGCCCAUCCCUGAUUUAAUGUCUUGUCAAACAUUAUUUACAUAAUGGUAAACCAGCCUUUACACAUACCAUAUUUGAAACUUACUUUUUUCUCUGUCUUCAGUUGAUGCAAUAAUGGUGACAUUACUAGACUCCAGCAGCAGGGAGGUAGUUUUCAUCGCUUGUGGUGUCCUCAUUAACUUCAUGCUUGAUGAAGAGAAAAGAUCUAUGUUAAAAAAAGAAGGAGGGAUUAAAAAGUAAGAAGCCAGUUCUGUUACUUGAUGUUUCAACUUUUUUUGAAAAGUUUCUGUGUUUUAAAAGUUUUUUUUUGUAAUAAAGAAAUAGUUACUGGGAAUUGUCUUUUUAAUGAAUGACCUGCUAUUUUAAUUUUGUUGGUUAUGGGAACUAUAUCUUUGGGUUUCUGAAACUUCAGUAUUUCAUAGUAAUUUCUAACGCAGUAAAAUGUAAAACUUCAAUAAUUUAUGAAGGUGUGGAAUAAUGUUUGUUAAUUUACAUCUAUUCAUGUAUAUCCGAAAUCCAUUUGAAAUUAAUAAACUGUAAAUAAAUAAACCAUUUCUACUUUUUAAUAAAAAAUGAAUCUGUAAGAUGAUCUUCUCCCUUCAGAUUGAUAGAUGUGUUGCGAGAUUUCGGCAGAGAGGACUGGCAACUGAGUGGAUGUGUGUGCAAAGUUUUGAUCAACUACAGCUGUCGCAUUCAUUCAAGUACCAACAGUUUUGGGCAGGAGGAGGCAACUGAACUUACAGAUAUACUAACAGAAUACUUAGGUACCUCAUUUGAACUCAGUUUGGUUUUGUACAUUUUAGUGAUUUAAAAUUAAAAUUCAGAAAUAAUCUUUUUUUAUUGUUUUGAUUGUGAAGAGUGUGGCCCUGUGGAUUGGCUUCAACUUUUUAAAAACUUGGAUUGUCAUAUUUUAGAAAACAAAAUGUUAGUUACACUAACCAAAAAGUGUAAUGGUGCUCUUUUAAUAGAUCUAAUUUUAAUAUUUUAUUUUUUGGUCUUGUCAUAGUUUGACAAAUAAAAAAAAUGUUGUAUUUUUCCCCAGACAAAGACUCAGCAUUGGGAGACUCACUGGCCAACGCUGCUGAUGAGGAGAUGAGGGAAUACAUUGAGGAUCUGUGGCAUGAGGAGUUCUGCUCGGUUGGAACUCAGCUGUUGAAGAGGAUAGUAUCCCAUUUAUCCCCCUUGGAACCUCUGGAAGCCCCGUCUUGACAUUCACUGGUCUAGGGUGGGUCCUUGGUGGAAAUAAAAAUCUGAUUGGCUGGUCAUGUAGGGACACUAUAAAUAGCUGUGAGCCUGUUUUUUUUCUUGAACCUGAUGGGUAACUAAUUAACUGUGAUAAUGAAAAGAUCAAGCUUUUUUACUGAGCAUUUUCAUGGGCUCUUUGUGGCUUCUUCUUAAGACCAAAGGCUGGAAAGAAAAUGUAAUGAUUUAUCUAUUAUCUUUUUGAUGUCUAUCUGAGCACAAAUUUCUCAAUGUUUUAUUAAGUGAAUUUAAAACUUAAAAGCCAAGCUGCACUAAAAGGAAAUUGUUUUGAUUUUAACAACUUCUUUAGGUCAGAAAAAUUAUGGGCACCUUGCUUUUAAAGCAAAUAACUAGGAAGAAUGGUAUAAUUAUUGAAAAGUUUGACUGAGGUGAGAUUUAUUUUGUUUCCUUUGAAAUUAAUAGAACAAUUUGUUCCCUCAUUUCCUGGGGGAAAAAAAAACUACAGCUAUUGUCUCUUGUAAGUUAUGUUGCGCUAGGGUUGUGGAGAGCUCCUGGUGUUGUGGAGAACUCCUGGUGUCGCAAGCCCUGCUCUUAUGUACUGCUGGAUUUGUUCAAACUGAGUAAUUCAUGAUGAGUUUAUGUCUAGCUGUUGUCAGUGUAAUCCAUUCUGCCAUAUCAGUAUUGUGUCCUUGUGCUGCAUAUAGUCUGUCGUGGCACUACUUCAUUUCAUCUCAUGGUAGUGGGAAAAUUCGGUUAGUGCUGAGCUAGUCAUUCUGUCAUUCCUGUAGAAGAAUACAUGAGGUGUCAUUAAUGAACUCUAUAAUGUUUUGGAUGAUAAAAUUUGACAUGUUGAUUAAAUCAAUGGUUGAAACCAUAAACAAUGAAGGAUGAUAUAAUUGACAUAUUGAUUAAAUCGAUUAAAACCACACACAUUUUGUUUAAAAUGAAGGAAGCUAAAGCAGGACCAUUCAAAAGGUCAUCAAUUUGAUGUAUGUAGAUUAAAAGUCCAACAAUGCUAAUGACAGCUGAAUUAAUGAUCUUUGUUUAUAAAUACUAUAAACUCCUUUUAACAUCUUAGGAUUUGUUAACCCAGGUAAACUAACCUG